AACUCAGAAACUUUGCCCUCUGGACCGAUUCUGUCUCCCACUCAAAAAAUUCCAGCACAGUCACGUAAAUAUGACAAAGUCUCUAUACCAAAAACAAAGAAUUACUCUGCAGAAGAAAUAACUGAUGCCUUAUUGCUUGCCCAGAACAUGCCCGGUAUGCUAUCAGCUGAGAAUGCUGACAUUUUGGUCUCAGUGCUUACGCACCCAGACCCUUCAUUACAGCUGUCCGCAUUGAUGGGUAUUAACAAAUGCUCAACUUUUACACGAAAUCAGAAUCUCUUAAGAGAACAUGGUUGUUUAUCCCAGCUGAGUCAUUUAUUGCAUCAACAAGUACAGAAUCUCUCCAACAUGUCCCAGAAUGCAUCAGCCAGUGAAGAGGAUCCAGAAAAAUCCAAGAAAAAACCUAACAAUAUGUCGGAAAGGUUCAUGAAUCUGCUGGCUACGGCCAUCAAUAACCUCUCCUCCAACGAAGAGAACCACAAACAGUUUGAGGACUGCGUACCCAUGUUGGUUGAUAUAGCUCUGGAGGAGGAGACCGGAGAGUCGGUGCGCCUGUCCUCACUUCAAGCCCUCACUAAUCUCUCCGUGAUGGAUCACCACCACAACCACUACACGCGAAUCAUUCAGCGACUCUACGACUUCCUGGACGACAACAGCGCCGGAAUCCGUCUACAGGCAGCCAAGAUCCUCGUCAACCUGUCCUGUAACUCAGAUCUCGUACCACACAUGCUGGCAGCUAAGGCGCCGUCCUGUGUCCUUGACCUGUUGAGGACCACGGCUGACGAGGCCAUGGUUCUGCGCUGGACCACAUUUCUGGCCAACAUUCUCCACACCGUGAGGGAGUCGCACCUCUCGGCCUCGUCCCUGCCCCCCGACGACAAGGCUCCCAGCCCUGAGACUAUGUACUCCGCCCUGUACGGCAUGAACAACAUCGGACACAUCAAGUCCAAGGUCUUCCUCCUCUGUCAGCAUAAAAACGAGGACAUUAAACACCAGGCCUCCAGAAUCUAUCAGACAUUGAACGCUAAAUAAACACUAGGCAUCGAGGAUCUAUCAGACGCUGAACGCCAGAUAAACACCAGGCCUCGAGGAUCUAUCAGACACUGAAUGCCAAGUAAACUGGGUUGUAAAAUUUGUGUGAUUUGUGUGAGAAAGAUGAGAGAUUUUUUUUUCCUGUGAUUUUUAGUUUACAGUGUGUAUAAAGACUUUUAAUGACAUACAUACACUCAAAGUGCUGUGUAUAAAUGGAAUAUAAUUAUAUUUUUUGUUGAGAUAUCGGAUUGUUGUGUCUUUCACUUCAUGCAAUUUUGCAUGUAGAAAUUUUAAUGGGGUUGUAAAUUUUUUUAUUAAAAUUUAUCCCUUCA